UCAUCUUUAGACUUAAUCCUUCCUCCUUCCACUUCUUUGUUGAUAAACAGAAACGACAGGGCGUGCACUUUUGCCGAUAUUAAUUAACCUGUUUGCUUAUAUCGGAAAUAAGCUUUAUAUACGAGUGUGGAGUGAUUAAAAUACACCCACACAGUUUCAUAUUGUGCUUAUUUUGAAUUAAAGUUCUCUUCACUCUGUUCAGGAACGACUUUGUUUAGCCUAGCCAAGGAAACGCCCAAGCUAGAAAGAGCCUAGCCUAGCCUCGGGCCUAGCGGUGGCCUAGCAUUCUUUUACUCUGACUCGAGUUCGAGACCAGACUCUUCUCGAAAGUCGUAAGAUACCAAAGACUAAAUAAAGUUUAGAUGCACAAAAUUUGCAUCCUCGAUUUAGAUCUAUCUUUGUAGAUUAGUAUUUGAUAUAGAUAUCUAGAUCUAGAAAUCUAGAUCUAGAUUCUAGAAGAUAGUUAAAAGUUUGAAGUUAAAAGUUAAGUGACCAUAGUUUGACAAGAGUGGCACAAAGAACGAAGUUUUAAUUUCAACCAUGGGGAAAAUUGAGUGGGCAAUGUGGGCUAAUGAGCAAGCCAUAGCCAGUUCAUGUGUUACAGCCCUUGGUGGAUUCAUCGCUGCCAUUGGACAGUUUAAAAACUGGCAGAUAGGGGUCUACGCAAUAGCUGCUGGCGUCCUCACUUUUGCUCUGGAGUACCCACGAGGGAAGCGACAGAAGGGGACAUCUUAUGAAAGAUCGUUUCAGAGACCUCUGACAAUCAUUGUGAGCCAAGGCAGACUCUUGACCCGCAACUACUUUGUCAGAUUUGUAUUGUACCUAGCGCUGAGUGUUCCGUGCUGUUUUGUAUUGCCUACAUUGCUGGGAGCCCUGUGCCUUAUGAUCUCUGGAUUCAUCUACUUACUGGCUGCUGUCAAGGGAGAGGAAUGGCAUCCAGUUGAGGCCAAGAAAGAUGAACCGGGACCUAAGACUAUACAAGAGCCGAAGCGACCUCCGCCGAGACGACCUGAGACAAGUGGGACACCCGGCGCUGUGGAGUCUGCUCAGGUCAACAACAGAGUUUGACCCAGGCAUAGGAGUCUCUGAUUUUGUGUGUGUAUGUGUGUGUGUGUGUGUGUGUGUGUGUGUUUGUGUGUGUUUGUGUGUGUGUGUGUGUGUGGAGGGGGUGGGGGGAGGGAUAUGGGUACAGCUUGUGCAAGACAACUGGUGCCUUUUCAGAUUUAACCAUUUAGCUCCUGAGGAAUUGUCUUGGUGCAUGCCCGAAAUCCUGGAAAGGGGAGAUAAUCCUCUAAGCUUAUAUCCAGUCAACAAACCCUGUCGUACCAGCUACCUUGGAGUGAGCAUAAAAUUGGUGGUACAGCGAAGCUGGUGGUUUAAAGGGAUAGUUACCGAUUGCCAUCUUGACCAGGGGUAAACGGGUAGAGACUUAACACGAAGUGUGACCAGUCUUUCUUCAUCCACUAUUCUACAUCUCUCUCGCGCGGUUGCCAUGGGCAUGGGGAAAACAAUGGGUAGCAACCAAUUACAUGUACAGCUCCAGCUGAACUUUACAUCAAUUCAUAUUGAAAUUUUUUGCCAGAUCAGAAACUAGGGUAUAUAUAUAUAUAAAUAUAAGUGAUAUAGUGUUACUUUUGUUGUUGUUAUCGAUUCAAAAGCUAAUGUGUCAAGAUGCAGUGGACUCGGGCCCUCAUCAGUUUUUGGGCAUGUGGAGUUAUUGGUAUCACCUGAAAGCCAAUUUAUUUGCUUUGCUUUCAAUGAAAUAGAUAUCCAUCUAUAUUGAAUAGAACUCGAGAUAUUUGCGAUUGAAGGAAGUGAGGACGCCUGGUUUCAGUAGUGAUUUUGGCAAGAAAAUGGCCGCCAAAGUUUGGUAACUCCAAAUACUCCAAUAGCUAAAGAGUCUUUAAAAACAGAAAAAUAACUUAUUUUGUGCCUUUAUUCAGUGU